UCACUCUGAGCAGUUAGCCCACAGGUGACGCGUAGCAAAGUCCUCCCCUCAGGUGAAGCUGCGAAUCUUAACAGCGGGCAGCCCUAAGCCUGGGCCCCGCCUCUCUCUCCACACAGGCUGCUUGAGCCCUUACUGCUCAAGUCAGCCCUGAUUGAUAGACCAGACUGCGGUGUCCACAACGUCCCGAUAUUCGCCUGUCACUUACGACCCGAGACAAGCGAAGAGCCCCACAGCGCCGCCGGGGCCAGCCAGAAGGGCCGUCGUCCACCAUGGAGGGAUAUAAGUGGAGGAAUGUGCUUCUCUCUCUCGGGGUCUUGAUCGCCUUGCUUGUUGCAGCCGCAGGUGCUGAUAACUCAACUACAACCAGCCCACCUGCCACCACCACCAGCUCAAAUACCACAUCCAACAGCACCUCUGGAACCACAACAGCAUCGAACAGCACCACUGGAACCACAACAGCAUCCAACAGCACCACUGGAACCACAACAGCAUCCAAUAGCACCACUGGAACCACAACAGCAUCCAAUAGCACCACUGGAACCACAACAGCAUCCAAUAGCACCACUGGAACCACAACAGCAUCGAAUAGCACCUCUGGAACCACAACAGCAUCGAAUAGCACCUCUGGAACCACAACAACAGCAUCCAAUAGCACCUCUGGAACCACAACAACAGCAUCCAAUAGCACCUCUGGAACCACAACAACAGCAUCCAAUAGCACCUCUGGAACCACAACAACAGCAUCCAAUAGCACCUCUGGAACCACAACAGCAGCACCCAAUAGAGCCACUGGAAACUCAACAACAAAUAGCACCUCUGGAAACACAACAGCAACCAACAGCACCUCUGGAAACACAACAGCAGCCAACAGCACCUCUGGAAACACAACAGCAGCCAACAGCACCUCUGGAAACACAACAGCAGCCAACAGCACCUCUGGAAACACAACAGCAACCAACAGCACCUCUGGAAACACAACAGCAACCAACAGCACCUCUGGAAACACAACAGCAACCAAUGGAACCACAUCUGGAACGGCUAAUAGUACCACUUCUGGAAAUGCAACUGCGGGUUCGACCAAUGGAACCACUGGAACCAAUGCAACGUCCACAAAUGGAACCGCAGGUGCAGCUGGGAACACAACUAACACAACCAGCCCAGGUGCAGCUGGGAACACAACUAGCCCAGGUGCAGCUGGGAACACAACUAACACAACCAGCCCAGGUGCAGCUGGGAACACAACCAGCCCAGGUGCAGCUGGGAACACAACUAACACAACCAGCCCAGACAUUGACACAACAUCAACUCUACAUCAAGACAUUGACACAACAUCAACUCUACAUCAAGACAUUGACACAACAUCAACUCUACAUCAAGACAUUGACACAACAUCAACUCUACAUCAAGACAUUGACACAACAUCAACUCUACAUCAAGACAUUGACACAACAUCAACUCUACAUCAAGACAUUGACACAACAUCAACUCUACAUCAAGACAUUGACACAACAUCAACUCUACAUCAAGACAUUGACACAACAUCAACUCUACAUCAAGACAUUGACACAACAUCAACUCUACAUCAAGACAUUGACACAACAUCAACUCUACAUCAAGACAUUGACACAACAUCAACUCUACAUCAAGACAUUGACACAACAUCAACUCUACAUCAAGACAUUGACACAACAUCAACUCUACAUCAAGACAUUGACACAACAUCAACUCUACAUCAAGACAUUGACACAACAUCAACUCUACAUCAAGACAUUGACACAACAUCAACUCUACAUCAAGACAUUGACACAACAUCAACUCUACAUCAAGACAUUGACACAACAUCAACUCUACAUCAAGACAUUGACACAACAUCAACUCUACAUCAAGACAUUGACACAACAUCAACUCUACAUCAAGACAUUGACACAACAUCAACUCUACAUCAAGACAUUGACACAACAUCAACUCUACAUCAAGACAUUGACACAACAUCAACUCUACAUCAAGACAUUGACACAACAUCAACUCUACAUCAAGACAUUGACACAACAUCAACUCUACAUCAAGACAUUGACACAACAUCAACUCUACAUCAAGACAUUGACACAACAUCAACUCUACAUCAAGACAUUGACACAACAUCAACUCUACAUCAAGACAUUGACACAACAUCAACUCUACAUCAAGACAUUGACACAACAUCAACUCUACAUCAAGACAUUGACACAACAUCAACUCUACAUCAAGACAUUGACACAACAUCAACUCUACAUCAAGACAUUGACACAACAUCAACUCUACAUCAAGACAUUGACACAACAUCAACUCUACAUCAAGACAUUGACACAACAUCAACUCUACAUCAAGACAUUGACACAACAUCAACUCUACAUCAAGACAUUGACACAACAUCAACUCUACAUCAAGACAUUGACACAACAUCAACUCUACAUCAAGACAUUGACACAACAUCAACUCUACAUCAAGACAUUGACACAACAUCAACUCUACAUCAAGACAUUGACACAACAUCAACUCUACAUCAAGACAUUGACACAACAUUAACUCUACAUCAAGACAUUCUGGGACUAUCCUGGCUUAUAACCACUCCAAGUGCAGCUGGGAACACAACUAACACAACCAGCCCAGGUGCAGCUGGGAACACAACUAACACAACCAGCCCAGGUGCAGCUGGGAACACAACCAGUAACACAACCAGCCCAGGUGCAGCUGGGAACACAACUAACACAACCAGCCCAGGAGGAGCGGGAGUGAACUCAACUAACACAACCAGUCCAGGCACAAAAUACCCCAUAGACACGGAGGACAUCACCAAAGGAACGAAUCCCAAAAUCACUCCUGUGGACAUGGCUAAAGUGCCGGGGACCAGCCUCCACAAGUUGGUCUACAUUACUCUUCCCUCCUUCUGCGGUAUGGUGUUUCUCAUCAUAUUGUGUAUGUGUUGCACAAGAUCCGACUCCAUCCUCUGCUCCAUCUGUAGUAGCAACCCACCUAAGUAAGUUCCCGCCACCACGCCCACCUCUCUACCAGCCACGCCCACCUCUCUACCAGCCACGCCCACCUCUCUACCAGCCACGCCCACCUCUCAACCAGCCAUGCCCACCUCUCAACCGGUCGCACCAACCAUGGAAAUUGAAAAGGAUCUAAUACCAUGAACAUCAUGACACCCCUAUCCCCCCCCCCUUUACGCUUCCCACCACAGUCAUGGUUAUAUCAUGGAUACGUUGACGACUGUCUAAUGGCAUGAACAAGCGGCGCCUGUCAGUCCACCGUCACACGGAGACAGAGACCAUAGUAGACAGACAAUCAGACCGCAAAAGAAAUAUUGACUGAAGCAGAUACAUAUAGACAGAGACCGUAAUAGAGACAGAAACCGUUGCUGGCCCAAUAACAGACACCAUAUCAGACAGACACAGAGACGGCAACACAUGGACACAAUACAUUGUAGCAUAUAGAGACACAGACAGACAGACAGUCAUUUUACCAGACAGCCACAUAGCAAGAGACAGACAGACGCAGGUACAGACACCACUCGCUCCCCUCUCACCUCAAUAUUUACACGCUAAGGAAUACUAAUAACAUUGGUGGCUGACGUUAUAUACAAGUCACAGACAGACAGACAAGAUCGAGUAUAUCUUAAUCUGAAGGUCACCUUCCACCGGCGGUUUCAUGUAACGAGAGAUGUGUCGCGAGAAAUAAAGAAAAGCUGAAAAGAUAAGAGAUAAGAGAAAGUGGGAAGAAAUAUGAGACUGAAUACAUCGCAAGAGGGAGAAGCAAAGGAUAAUAACAGCAAAGAAGGAACUAAUCAACAAAAGGAACAGGACAAACAACAACAAAAUAACGACCAACAACAGAAGGAAAAGACAAAGUAAAAAUUAAAAAAAAAAAAAUUAAUAUCGUACCCACUAAAAAAUAUUAGGAUAUCAGAGGUAUACUUAACUACCCAAUAUGCACAAUCAGUUUACCUGCAUUAUCUUUCAUAUGUAACAGGUAAACAGUAAUACCCAUGUAUACCAGACAGGUAUACAGCAAUUAACUUUCAUUAUUCUUCAAUUCCUAUUCUUGCGGACAGGCAACCUAUUACAUUUAUUAAGGCUGCCAAUUAUGUGCCUCUGUAACCGUGUUCACUACCGCCCACAAGAUGGGUAUGGGGUGCAUAAUAAAUGAACUAAAUACC